AUGCAUCAUUUUCUUUAUGAAGACAAGAGCUUCUGGGGACACUGCUAUGAAUGUAGCAGUGACCACCUUAACCUGCAGCCCUCUGUGAAAGAAAGCAAUUUCAUCCAGGGGAAAAAAGGCAGCUAUGUCCAUCUCCCUGAGAUCUCCUCCUUCAAUGUCUUAGGUGGCUCUUGGGUGUUUUAUGAAAUGCAUAACUUCAGGGCAGACGGUAUUUACCGAAACCUAGGGAAUACAGAGAAGCACAGCAGCUACAGAUCUCUGAGGAAUGACUUCAGAGGCAGGAUGAUGAAGUUCACAGAUCUCCAACGGGACUUUCACUCCAGGGACAUCCAGUCUCGUAACAUACUCAAACGAAGGUGUGUUUUAUAUGAACAGCCACACUUACAAAGACAGAAGUAUCUCCUGAUAUCUGGCAAAUACAGGCGAUUCACCAAAUGGGGUGCCGUGACUGUUGAAGUUGAAUCCUUCCAACCAAGAGUGGAUAUUUUCUAA